UUCCAUUUCCAAAGCUGGUCGCCCUCUCCAGCUUCGCGCCUGCAACAAAAAGGUUAUUUCCACCACCUGCACCCCCCCAUACCUCCAUUUGGUUCCUUCACCUCUCGUCUUGGGUCCUUUCUUCAAUCCUUUCUUCACCCACCUAUCUCUUCCUUCCAAAAACCCAUCUUCUUGUCUGGCCAGCCAGCAACUUUUUUCUCCUUUUUACUUCUUGACCUUCCUUCAGCUCUUCAGCUAUCUCCCCUUUGUAUUUUUUCUCUUCAUUUUUCUCUCUCAUUGAAUUGACACGACCUCCCCGAGCUACAAAACCAAACACCAAACAAAUCGGCCGUCCAUGUUCGGUUUCAUUUCCAACGCCUCUUAAGACUAUCUGGAGCACAUGAGUAUACAUGACCAUGCUCACAGUCAAGCAGCCAACACACUACGGCUACAAGUCCGUCCAUGAUCUACCUACUCCGCCUUCGACAUCCCGACCAUCGCCUCCCUUGGCCUACCAAGACCACCCUUCUUCGCACAAGCUGCUGCCUUCCAUUCCCCGUAGUCACAGUCCACCUGGCCAGCCCAUGUCGGCUCACCAUCGUGGCCUGCCUCCGCCGGCGGCCAUGACGUUGCCUCAGCCGUCUCACUCGAGUUCUGCACCCCCCCCACCACCGCCGCCCGCGCCCCAAUCCAUCGGCCAAGCCCCCCCGUCCACUCACAGCCAUGUCAUGGGCCAGCUGCCGGGGCCGCCGCCGCAGUGGCACGGAGCCGAGGAGUCUAUGAGGAGCUGGCUAGCAGCCAAGACCGAGGAGGAGCGCCGGAGACAGGAGGAAGAGAAGACUAGGCAGGAGUCCCUGCGCCUGGAGCAACGACGGAUAGAGGCCGACAUGUUGCGGACCUCGCUAAACGGUGGUAUCCCCCCGCCCAUCGUUCCGCUCGUCUUCGCCGGAAUGGGCGGCGGUGUUCCCCCAGCAGCGUUGGAGUGGGCGCAGCAGUUUCUCGCCCAGCAGAGCCAGCAGCCACAGCACCCGCAGUUGCUCCCUUCUCAGGCUCCUCUGUCACCCGAUCACCGUCGCGAUUCCCACUCUCAGUACGCAGGCCAGUAUUCAGGCGUGCCAUCGACCCCGAGUUCCGCCCCGGGCCCUCACGGCUUCUCUGGAUAUCCGGGUUCUCCCCAACGCGGGCGGGCGACAACUUUGUCCUCCACGGGCUCCGUAUCCCGUCCACUUGGGUCUAGUAAUCUACCUAGCCUCAACACGAACGUGCCGCAUUCCGGCGCGCCGGGCUCGUCGACGUUGCAGAGCCACCACCAGCAGCACCACCACCACCACCCUGCAGCGCAAUCGGCGCAGGCCCAGCAGGAGACCCAGCCGAGCCCGUCCAUCUACUUUCACCAUUGGCACCCGCCGACAUCUCAAGCCAGAGGUGGCUCAACCCAGCCUGCGACCCCCUCCGGGGAGUCUCCUAGGAACAAGCGCAAGGCCACCAGCCCGCAGCAAGCCCCUCCACCACCAAGUCAACAUCGCCUGAGGUCGCCCCCUUUUCAUGGUGGAUCAACGCUAGGAAAUCCUCCGCCGGGACGCAGAAGAGGGCACUCAAGACAACACAGCGAUUUCUCGUCGUACCGGCCCACGGGUCGAGGCCGGAGAGACAGCUAUGGGACGUCCCGAGGCAUGUCCCCGCAGGUUGCCAGCUUCGGCACAAGCCCGGAACAUGGCGAGUCGACAUAUGGCCCGCAACAGCAACAAGCUAAAAGCGUCGGUGGGCAUUCGGUGUCGUCUUUGUUAUCGGAAGAGCCAUCGCGCGCGGGACAAUACGGUUCGACAUCAUCAGAGGCGUACCAAGGGCAGGGCGAGGAGCGGCGACGGUCCCCGUUGUAAGGGGGCGGUGGAAGGGAAAUGGACACGUGGGGUCGCAGGGUUACCGGCCAUGCGACAGGGCGACACUGACUGAAAUCUGGCCCAGGCCAAUUUUAUGACCUUGUUUCAGCCAUUACAUCACGGCGAAAUUUCGCGAAACGAGAUGCAUGAGUACGACAUUUUCCUUCGGACAUUUUCGCUUCUUGCGGAUACAAUCCGCCAUCUUUUCUUACGCCAACAAAUAUGGCCUCAUCCCUUCCCCGUGAGGAAGGGAUGAGGAAGAUGACGCGGCAUUUUGACGAUUUCAAGUUUCGUCGACCACUUCAAUUUCAAGAGAGACUUGGAUCUCUUCUCUUCCUGUUGACGCCAUUUCAGAAUCACUGGAACUGGAGGCGCACAUGAUUACUUCUUUCCAAAGGCAAGCACGGCUCACGGCACUUCAUUCUUCCAAUUCAUUUCAGGCGGGCGGGAACAGUCAUGGCCGACGAGCCUCGGUUCAUAUCAUGGAACUUUCUUCUUAUUUUCAUUUCUCACGACACCCGGUGUAUUGAUAUGUGCAAUCGUCAAUACGAUAUUGCAUUUGGGUGUGGCUAUAACAGCCGAGGGUUUGGGUGGUGAAGCAUCAACAGCCGACCCAGAUGUUCUUUGCAGGGUGAGGCUUACCAGGGGGUGCUGGGAAGACCAUUGAGAUUCAGAUUGCGGAUUUUUCUUCUUCUUCUUCUUCUUCUUCUUCUUCAUACUUCUCAGGCUGGACAAAUUCUUUCUAGGAGGGCGAUUGGGCACUCGGGCAAUAUCUUCACUCUUGUUGGUUCUUGAAAUUCAGGGCCGGCUUCUUUUGGGCAAUCGUACAUGUAUCGUGAUACCCUGCAGAAAAGAAAGAAAAAAACAAGACAAGACUCUCGAGACGCAUUCUAUUUUGCAGAGACGGGU